GGGAGGGUGUGUUUGUGUGUGCGUGUGUGUGUGUGUACGUGUGUGUGUGUGCGUGUGUGUGUGUGUGUGUGCGCGUGUGCUGGAUGGCUGGAUGAUGUUUGAACUGCCUCGCAUGCUCACAGGCAGGAAUUAGGCAGAGGAGCGAAGGAGGAGGAGGAAGCAUCAAUCUGUAGGCGAGAGCGGAAGGAGGUUCCACCAUGCCUGCACAAGCCAAAGAGGAGCAGAGCUCAGAGGGGCCUCCUGCACUGUCGCCCUCGCAAAAGGCGAAACACGCGACGGUGGAUCGGCCGUCCGCCGCCAACAACAGCGACGAAGUGGACACGUCCGUCGCCUCCGCCAUGACGUCCACCAACGACAGCUCCACUGAGGCUGGCACGCCUCUGCAGACCGACACGGAGGAGUUGAAGGCUGUGGAUCAGGAAGCCGAGCAGACGACGGCAGACGACUUGCAGCAGGAGAACCUUCAGCCGUCAGACGCGUCGGUCCGAGCAGAAGACGAGCAGAUUGCUGAGGUUGAACCGUCUCACGCGCCCGUGACGACAGCCACUCAGCUGCUUCCUCAGCCCAGUGAUCCUCAGCCGGUCACCUCGGACAACCAGAGCCGGGUUUACGCCCUCCCCGACGGCUACAGAGCCCUCGGGGGGGAUUUACGCGCCGGCUACGGCAGCCUGUCCCGUGGCAGCGCCGCCCUCCACGGCUACUGGCCGAGCAAAAACUUCCAGCCCGGGGCACACUUCACGUUGCCCUUCCUGAGGGACAGCUACGCCCCGGCGGGAUUCGGCAGCCCGACGGGCAACGACGGCCCCGGGGACCAGUCGGGCAACCCCGUGGACGUGAGGAACGACCACCCGGCGGCGACUUACGCCACCUUGGGAGGGAUCCACAACUUCAGGCCCAUUACGACCAUGGAGCUCCUCAGGGAGCCCUCCAGAACCAGAAGUGGCUACGACGACGCCUUCAUGGCUCAGCUGGAGGGCAACCUGAACCCUUUCUUCCAGGCCGUGUGCCGAGCGCAGACCCUGCAGUUCCCCCGCAAGCGCAGCAGCAUGGUGAGCCUGGACAGCAUCCGCAGGGACCCCCGCUGGAGGGACCCCAACCUGCGCGAGGUCAUCUCCAUGCUGGGCCACCCGAUGGACCCGGUCAAGUCCAACGCCGCCGCCUACCUGCAGCACCUGUGCUACGAGAACGAGCGCAUCAAGCACGAGGUGCGCCGGCUGAACGGCGUGCCCAUGCUGGUGGACCUGCUGGACCACCCCAAAGCCGAAGUCCACCGAAAGGCCUGCGGAGCCCUGCGCAACAUAUCCUACGGGAAGGACCACAACAAUAAAAUGGCCGUCAAGAACUGCGACGGCAUCCAGGCUUUGGUCCGACUGCUGAGGAAGACGAGCAGCAUGGAGGUCAAAGAGUUAGUGACAGGCACCCUGUGGAACCUCUCGUCGCACGAGCCCCUGAAGAUGACGGUCAUCAACCACGGCCUGCAAACGCUCAACGAAGAGAUCAUCAUCCCCCACUCGGGCUGGAGGAGAGAGCCGGGUGGAGGCGCCGAGUGGACCACCGUCUUCAAGAACACGUCGGGAUGUCUGCGGAACGUCAGCUCGGACGGAGCCGAGGCCAGACAGCGGCUGAGGGAGUGCGAAGGGCUCGUGGAUGCGCUGCUGCACGCCCUUCACUCGGCUGUGAUCAGAAAGGACACUGACAACAAGUCGGUGGAAAACUGCGUGUGCAUCCUGCGAAACCUUUCCUACCACGUGCACAAGGAGGUGGCGGGCGUGGAGCGCCUGCAGGAGCCGCACGUCACGCAGCUCAUGAGGUCAGUGGCGCCGCACCGGAAGAAGAACAACGACGAGCCCGACUGCUUUGGAGGCAAAACACCUAAAGAGGAGUGGUUCAGUCAUGGUUUGAAGUUGCUGUACCGGCCCGAGGUGGUGAGGCUUUACCUGUCUCUGCUCGGCUGCAGUCACAACAGCAACGCUGUGGAGGCGGCCGCCGGAGCCCUGCAGAACCUCGCCGCCGGACACUGGACCUGGUCCAGCUACAUUCGGGCCACGGUGCGCAAAGAGAAGGGUCUGCCCAUCCUGGUGGAGCUGCUGCGCUCCGACGUGGACAAAGUGGUGCGAGCGGUGGCCAUCGCUCUCCGUAACCUGGCCAUGGACCGACGCAAUAAAGACCUGAUAGGCAGCUACGCUCUGAGGGACCUGGUGUCCAAUCUGCCGUGCGGCCAGCAGCGGCCGGCCAAGAAUCUGGAAGGGGACACGGUGGUGUCGCUCCUCAACACCAUUCACGAGAUCAUCAGCGACAGCCAGGAGAACGCGAGGGCGCUCAUCCACGGGCACGCCGUCCAGAAACUGGUGGCCAUCAGCAGAUCGAGCCAAUCAGCACGUGAAACUAGGGCCGCCUCUCACGUGCUACAGACCAUCUGGGCCUACAAGGACCUGAGGAACGCCCUCAACAAGGCGGGCUGGAACAAAAGCCACUUUAAGCCGACAGCAACCGGAGCGCCGAAGAAAUCCAAGAGUGUGAAGCAAAGCGGCGACGACAUCACUUUGCCUCUCAUGGACAAAUCCCAAGAUAUUUUUUCCAGCAGUUUAGAGACAAACGACAGAGUGGAAGAUGGAAUUGCAACUGUCGUUGAAAGAGACGCUGUCCCGGCGAUAAGCGAGAGGAAACACUUCAUCCGAGCUGGCAGGCCCGCCGUGGGCCUCGUGGAUAACAAACCUCCGCCGCUGGACUCGUGGGUGUGAACGCCACAACGCGGCCAUUUAACAGUCCGACACCAUGACACGCGGUAGACACGCUCUCUAGCGGCCCACAUGCACAUUUAUGCAAGUUGACCCGACGUGUAGAAACAACAAUUCCAGUACCAGUAGUUUUUUGUUUUGAUCCUAGGGAAUGACGUGCCAAAUAUUUAUCAAUAAGAUGCUUAUCUGUUCCUAGAUUUGAUAAGAUUCCCCAUAUAUAUAUUUUAGAAGGACGAUCAUGUUAAAAACCAUCAUAGACAUACGGUAUAAAAUAGUCUUAAAUAUGCAAGCCGCGGGAGACGUACGACUCCAAAGACACCGCACACAAAAAAAAAAAAACACUUCGAUCAGAUUAAGCUGCUAGUUUAUAAUUCUGUUUUUUUUUUUCAAUGUUCAGACUUUGAAGAAGAAAGAUUCAGGUGAGAAAUUAUAGUGAAAAUAUUUUGGAUUACUUGUCGUUUAUUAGUAUUAAAACGAGCCUGGUGGUCGUCAAGGGUGGUGUACUAUCACUGCCAAAAUAAAUAAAUAGCCGUUUUCAUCCUGGUUGAGAAUGACUAAAAAUAAUAAUAAUACAUCACUCUGAUUAAUUUGAUAUACAGUAAUGCUCACAAAUUGUGUGUGCCAUUUGAGGAACUGCGCCCUCUACCCCUUUGAUUCCUGAGAUGAGAUGUGUAAAUGUGUAAACAAAAGGACUGUUAAUAAGCUAAAUGGAUGCAUUUAUAUUGUGAUAUUUAUUAUAUCUAACAGCCAUGUUGAGAAUCCGAGCUCUUAGACGCGUCCGAGCCGCACCACCAGUCAGUCAGUGGUCCUUCACGUUCAAUACGAGUCCGGUUUGUAGUC